UUUCGUUUCAAUUUCAUUUCCACUUUCUGGCCUACAAAAUGGCGCAAAAACAAGCAACAAGGACAAACCAAGCAAUCACCCUCAAAGGGUCAACAGCCCUCGUGACAGAGUUCUUCGAAUAUAGCGUAAACAGCAUCCUUUAUCAACGAGGCGUAUACCCUUCAGAUGACUUUAGGAUGGUAAAAAAGUACGGCUUGCCCAUGCUUGUGACAGCGGACGAAGAACUCAAGGAAUACAUCUCUACUGUCCUCAAUCAGGUCCAAGAAUGGCUACUCUCCUCAUCUUUAUCUCGUAUUGUCCUUGCCAUCAAGUCGGUUGAAACAGGCGAAACACUUGAACGAUGGCAAUUUGACAUUUAUACGGACGAGUCAGCUCUCGCCCCUCUACCUGGUGGUCCACCCAAAUCCGCCGGUAGUAAAAAAAAGGAGAAGACAGAAAAGGAAGUUCAAGGGGAGAUCAGGGAAAUCAUGAAGCAAAUCACAUCCAGUGUGACGUUCUUGCCCAUAUUGGAGGAACAGUGCACAUUUACAAUUUUAGCGCAUACGAAUGAUUCUCCGGACGUGGCUAUCCCAGCUACAUGGAAUGACGCUGAUCCCCAUCUUAUUGACAAAGGAAAAGUGGAGCAAGUGAGGCUUCGAAGCUUUAGCACCAACGUGCACUCUCUGGAGGCUAUGGUGGCUUAUCGUGUCGGAGAGUAAUUGCACUUUUAACGUGGCUAUGUAAUACUGAUAGAUUUCCUUUCACGAUGUUACGACGAUUCUUUUGUACACCGUAAUAUUAUCUAGUUGGCAACGUUCACGCAACACGAUGUCCCAUCAAAAGCGUAACAAUGCAUCGAUGUCA